CGGGACCCAAAGUAGGAGAGGCCUACGGAAGCUGGAGCUUCUUGCUGUGAGGUCGCGUUACCCAGUGUUGCAGAGGGUCCUUAAGCCAGGAGUGAAAAUUGGGGCCUGGGGAUUAGUCCUGGGGCGGAGGUUGGGCCACUCUACGUCGGAUCCCCCCACCCGGUUUUGCACACCUCGCUUUCCAGCGUGGAGUCGCAGUGGGUCAAGCGGCGUCGCGUGCGUGACGUCAUCCGGCGGCGCCACGCGCGACUCCAGUGGCCUUGACCUCCCGUAGCGUGGGAGGCUUCGCGGCGAUGCUGCAGUUGGUCCGGGCUGGGGCGCGGGCCUGGCUUCGCCCUACGGGCUGCAGGGCCCUGAAUUCGCUGGCGGAAGGGGCAGCGCCUCCGACCGAGAAGCCGGAGCAAGUGGCGAGCGAGGGUCUCCCGGAGCCCGUGCUGCGCAAAGUCGAGUUCCCGGUACCCGCUUUUCGACGCCCGGUGCAGGCCUGGGUCGAGUCCCUGCGGGGCUUCGAGCAGGAGCGCGUGGGCCUGGCCGACCUGCACCCCGAUGUUUUCGCCACCGCGCCCAGGUGAACGGGGGCUGUAAUGCUGAACUGAGUGGCAGAGAGAUGAAGAGCGGGAUUUCAGGAGUCAAAUGACUGGGCUUGUGCCUUUGGGAAAGUGCUUAAUUUCUACAGCCUCCGUUUCUCUAUUUGUCAGAGGGGGAUGAUGAUGGUUUCCCCUGAUGUAACGCUGUGUAAGAUUGAAAUCUGAGAAGUGACAUUCUCUAGGGGAUAGGGAGACAGAACUCUGGAUCCCUACUGAUUAGGUUCAAAUCCUGUCUUCCCCUCUUGUGCCUCAGUGUUCUAUUUUGUCAGGGUUCAGGAGGUUGCUGCGAUGAGUAAAUGACUUGAUUCUGGCACAUAAUAAGUUCUAUAGAAAAGUUCAUAAUCAUUUGUUAACUGGUUUUUGCAAAUAAGAGCACGAAGGAAGACUAAACCAUUCCUAGGUGCCUGAAAGAGGCUGUUUGUAUUUUAGUUAACUGACUGUUCAUAACAUCUCUAGGAAAAUGCAGGGGCUGCGUGCUGUGGCU